AUGAGUUCUGUUGCAUAUUCGCUUUCACAUUCUGAAGAAGAGGUCACUGAAACUUUAACAGACGAAAAUAAUGUUAGUUCAACUUUAGAACGUUCUUCUGUUAAGAGUUUUAUAUCUCUCCAAAAGGCUCGAAAAUCUGGAGCUUUGGUAAAUGUCAUUGGAGUAGUUGUAGCAUGUACCCCAAAAAGAAAAUCGAACGGGACAGAUUACACCUGUUCUCUUGUAAUUAUAGAUCCAUCUAUACCUAUUAAUGCUAAAGGAAUCACUGUUAACGUAUUCAGGUCUCUAAUUGAUCAAUUGCCAGACUUGAGUGUCGGCAAUAUUUUUAUAGGAAAACAUCUAAGGAUUCAAACAUUUUAUGAAACUACACAACUUGUGGCAACAAAAGAAGGUUCUACGUUUAAGGUUAUAGACGAUAUCACAGAACGAAAUCAUCAAUUUCCAUUUAGUAUGCAGCCGCACGCCAAAGAAAUUAUGGAAUAUUGUAGUUACUUGCGACGAUGGUGUACAUCUUCAUCAAAUUCAAGGCAUGGUAAUUAUACUUCAAUAACCUCGUCUAGAAAAAGGAUUAAGAUUCAGGAGCUUCUUCCUGGUAUAUUUUUUGAUUUAAUUGCUGAGAUUGUAAUGGUUUGUUCUGCGGAAUUCAAGGUAGAUCUUUACGUUAGCGAUUUUACUGAGAACAAACUUCUUGGUAAUCGAGAAUAUAGACCAAACACACCUUAUGGUCUUUAUAGUAGAAACAUUUUACAAAUCACUUUAUGGGAUGAACACGUCGAAGACGGAGAAAAGCUUCAGAUAGGAACAUUUGUUCAUCUACGGAAUCUACAUUCGAAAAGAAAUACCAACGAUGAUCUCGUGGCUUUUUUACAUGGAGAUAGAGAAUUCAAGAACAAAAAGAUUAUUGUACUCGACGAGCAAGAUGCUGACACGCGGAACGUUUUAGAACAAAAUGAAAGAAGCUCUUGCCCCGAGUUAGAGCAUGAUUACACGGAACAAUCAAUAACGAGAAUUAUAUGCGAUAAAGAAAUAGAAAUUACAGAUAUUGAUGACAUAAAAGGUUACUCUGAGCCUGCAAAUUUAUUUCGGGCACGUGGUCGUGUAAUCUCUGUUAUUCCUUCAAAUUUUGAAGAUUUUUCUCAACCAUAUUGUCAUAGAUGUAAUAAAAUAAUGCAUUUUAUAGGAUGUGAAAAUUGCACAAAAUGCUCUAGGGAGUUAACGAGAUUUAAAUACAAGUUUGGUCUAUUAUUUGAGGACGAACAUGGUGUUGAAACUAUUCCAGUUUUAAUAACCAAAGAAGAUGCGAAUACUUUUCUUGAAGGAUUGCCACCAGUCAAUCUUUAUAAGAAUCAAACGGUUCUUCAAAAAUUAAAAAGGCGAAUGCAAAACCUGUUGGGGAAUGUCUUGGAGAGUCAAGCAGGAUGUGGUCCUUUAAUUGAUUUUUGCGUAAGAUCUUAUGAGAUAGAAGAUGGAAAUGCUAAAGAGUCAUUUUAUCUGUGA